AUGCACAAAUCCAUUUUAACGCGCGCAACACUUCUACACCUCAUCCUAAACCCAUUCCUGACAGUCCCGACGCGCGCCUCAACCACAGUCGCACCUACGACAAUCCUCUCACAAAGACUAACUCGUACACCGAUUGCCUACCCCCAGUGUCCCUCCAAUCUCUAUCAAGAAAAAUCCUACUCCACAAUGUCAUCGUCCGCCGAGCAAAUCCAACAACAACAACAACAAUCCGACAAUGCCGCUACUGACUCCGCCACCGAAAAGAAACCAGAGCAGUACCUCGCUCUUCCCGACUCCAGCAGCGCCGACCAGACACAUCAGCUGGAUAUCAGUGGUGAUGGGUCGACGGUGAAAUUGGAUCACUUGGGUCCGCUAGUGGUCAACCAGGAUGGGACGUUAUCACGGAUCGCGAACUGGGCGCAGAUGGCGGAGAUUGAGAAGAAGAAUACGUUGCGGGUGCUAGGCAAGCGAAACAAACAGCGGAUGGAGGCACUGAAGGCGGCUGCUCAGGGAGCGCAGGAAGAGGGCAAUUAG